GUAUGUUGGGAAGGAAUAUAAAGAAGAAAAAGGACUUCUCCAUCAUUUCAGUGACGUGGAACGGCAAAUGACUGCCCAGUACUACGUAACAGAAUUCAACAAAAGGCUGUACGAGCAAAAGCUCCCUACCCAAAUCUUUUAUAUCCCAUCUGCAGUGCUCCUGAUCCUGGAGGACAGAACCAUAAAAGGAUGCGUAAGCGUGGAGCCCUACAUCCUCGGGGAGUUUGUGAAGCUGUCCAACAACACUAAGGUAGUAAAGAAUGAGUACAAAGCCACAGAGUAUGGCCUGGCCUACGGCCAUUUCUCCUACGAGUUCUCCGGUGGAACAGAUGUUGUCGUUGAUCUGCAAG